AUGAGGUUGACUUUUACUCUUUGGACCGCCUCGCUGGCAUCAACUGCCUUCGCGGCUCAGCUCUGGCUCGACAAAACACUGCCAUUUGAGGAACGACUCUUGUCCUUUAUAUCUCAGCUCAAUGAUACACAAAAGCUAGCCAUGGUUCAGGGCGACACGGAACUGACGGAUAACGGAACCGGCGUGAACGCCUGUAUCGGACACAUCCAAGGGAAUUCAACUCUCGGGAUCCCCGACAUCUGCAUGGGUGAUGGCCCAGCCGGAGUCGGCAAUUCUCUCGACAAUGUGACCGCUUUUCCGGCUCCGGUUAUGGCGGCGAGUUCCUGGGACACAUCGAUACAGUACGAGUUUGGCCAGGCGCUUGCACAGGAGCACAUGGGCAAAGGCCGCAACAGUGUCCUUGCGCCUACCAUCAACAUCCUUCGCUCUCCGCUGUGGGCUCGCGCUGCCGAGACGCUAUCUGAAGACCCGUGGCUGACCGCACGCAUGGCGGUUGCCGGUACGAUGGGUAUCCAGAGUCAGGGGGCACUGGCGUGUCCGAAGCAUUUUGCGGCUUACAACCAGGACACUAAUCGUUUCGGCAACGGCCCAGAGUGGCUUACAGUCGAUGCGGUGGUUGACAAGAGGACGAUGCAUGAGCUUUAUCUGCCCGCCUUCAAGGCUAGCGUGCAAGAAGCAGAUGCAGCGAGCGUCAUGUGCUCAUACAACCGCCUUAACGGCUUCUUCACCUGCGAAAACGACUGGCUUCUCAACCAGACUCUUCGACAAGAAUGGGGGUUUGAAGGUUUUGUAGUCGCAGAUUGGUACUUUUCCACGCGAAGCACCGUCGGGGCUGUCAUGGCUGGGCUCGAUAUCUCAAUGCCCGGCGGAGACCUGACGGAUAGUUACGGGUUCCCUGCCUACUACGGCGACUUAUUGGUCGAGGCCAUCAACAACGGUUCGAUACCACACGCUCGACUUGAUGACAUGGUGCAGAGAGUCUGGCGAUACAUGUUCAAACUUGGGCAGGUCGACAAUCCCGUCACCGGAGACUCGACAGCCCAUGUGCGUACCCAGGAGCAUCUGGAUCUCGCGCAGCGAAUGGUCGAAGAAGGCGCUGUGCUAUUGAAGAAUGACCAGAUUACCCUCCCAAUCUCUUCAGACAAGUAUUCCAAGAUCGCUGUGUUUGGCAUCGGGGCGACAACUGAGAACCAAGUCUCUGAAAACCAUGGAGGCUUUGUCAUUGACUCUACCAUGGUUGUUCAAGCACCCUUCGAUGCGAUCAAGCGUCGAGGAGGCACAGAGAAUAUUACAGCCAAGUACUCCGAGGCAUAUCCUGGCACUGGACAGUUUCCCACGGUCCCCUCUAGUAUGUUCAGAGACGGCGGCGUCAACGUGACGUACUACAAGACAACCGACUUCACCGGCCCCGUAAACACCACCGAGUUCGUCCCAAACAUCACCAUUGCUACAUACCCGUCAGCUCUUUGGCAAGCGUACCCAGAUGUCUUCUCGGCUAUUUACGAGGCGAUAUUCCUCCCAGAUACAACAGGAACGUACCAUUUCUCCAUGUAUGGCCAGGGGACCGCGCUGCUGUACUUGGACAACGUGCUUGUGGCCAACAUGUCGUAUGCAAACUUUGGAAACUACGUUCAGGGCGCAACAUAUCUCGAGGCAGGAUCCGAGGUCAAGCUUCUGCUGAAAUACGAUAUGGGUUAUUCUUUGUCUACCGGUUCUUAUGGCAUCACCCUUGGAGUAGACAUCGGCAACCAGACCCGAAAUUCAGCGGCCGAUGAGUUGGCCGAGUGGGCGGACAUCAGUAUUAUUUUCGCUUCUGAUCGAAUCUCUGAAGGAGCUGAUAGCGGCCUUGGACUAUCUCUGCCGGGCGAUCAGGACGCCAUCAUCAGCCGGCUCGCCAAUAUCUCCAAGAAAACCGUCGUGAUCCUGAACACAAACUCGGCUAUUCUGAUGCCUUGGAUUGAGCAAGUCGAAGGCGUCAUGGAAAUUUGGUAUCCUGGCCAACAGGUAGGGCUGGCGCUUGAGCGCCUUCUCUUCGGCGACGUGAGCCCGAGCGGAAAGUUGCCAUUGACCUUUCCAAAGAACCUGAAUGACACCGUACGUAUCAGUACGAAUAUCGAGGUGCCUUUUGAAGAAGGCCUUUAUGUCGGGUACAAAGCUUAUGACCAAAGCGGCAUUCAGCCGUUGUUCCCAUUCGGGCACGGGCUGACGUACUCUAACUUCAGUCUAUCUGGAAUGGAGGUAUCAUCAAAUGAUAGUGCUGUUGUUCUCAGGACGACUUUGUCAAACCAGGGAACUUACAAGGCAAAAGAGGUCAUUCAGCUCUAUGUUGGAUUCCCAGACGCUGCAAAAGAGCCACCCAAGUUGCUCCGAGCUUUUGAAAAGGUCGAGGUUGAAGCUGGGGAAAGCAAGUCUGUCGAAUUGGUGGUGAAAUUAGAAGAUCUCAUGAUUUGGGAUAGUUCGAUUGAGGAUUGGGUGUUUGUAGAUGGUUGGUAUGAGGUUCUAGUAGGGUUCUCGGCGAGCAAUCUUCCACAGAGUCAGUCGCUGGAGUUGAGUCGCGGCUAG